AUGGAUUUAAACAGUAUCCUGUCUCAGCUCGAGACAAACAAUGAAGAUGAAAUUACAAGGCUUUUGCACCAGUACAACGGAGAGGUGGGUGGGAUUCUCAUCGCUUUGACGUCAACCAAAACAAAGUUAUUAGCUAGCUAGCUAGCCAGCCAUCUAAAAACGUUUACACAAGCAUAGCUGCUAAAAUGAAUACUAAAACUAUAUGUCUAGAACUUGCAUUUCCCCUCUCAUUUUUGCAAGGAAUCAACGAGUUUAAAGCCUAUUGCUGUGUUCCAGGAAGCAUGUUUUCGUCCUGGCUAGCUUGGUUGCUAGCUAACGUUAGCUAGUGUUGUGUCCAAAUAUUGUAUGGUAUCUCUUUGUAAUCAUGUACUGUAGCUAGCUAUGCAUGCAAUGACAGCAUGCGUAUAUAAUUCAAUUUUCUAGUUAGCUCCCAUUUAGUGAUAGCUAUUACAGCACUUCCUGCUGUAACUUGAGCUAGCUAACUAGGUAAGUUUGCUAGCUAACGUUGUUAGCCGCUGUCACUGAUAACCAGACAGAGAGCCUGAUGGCGGUAGACUUUGCAUUACACUCGAAUAUCCUAGCUAAUGCACUCAUGGUUCUGCUCUGUCUGCAGAAGCUAUUUACUUUAUCUUAGAAACAUUACUGAGAAUAUGUGGUCCUCUGUAGCUCAAUUGGUAGAGCAUGGCGCUUGUAACGCCAGCGUAGUGGGUUCGGGACCACCCAUACGUAAAAUUGUAUGCACACAUGACUGUAAGUCGCUUUGGAUAAAAGCGUCUGCUAAAUUAUAUUAUAUUUUAUUCAUGCACUAUUGCACAGAAGGUGACAAAGCACAUUUAGCAUAUGCAUUUGCCUUUUCUCUCAUUAGGCUAUGUGUAUUUAGCCUUGUUGACGUAACUCACAUGGUACACAGCGAGGGAGAACUGCCAGGAAGACUGAGUUUGGUGUCAGCCAGACUAAUGUACACCAUCUUUUUCAGAAUAGUCGCACAUUCACCUUUGACCCAAAAGAGGAGGACCUACGAAGUGUAAGUAAACAGUAAACACUCUGCCUUGUCAGAUGCUUCACUUUCACUUAUAGCCUAGAUAAUGCUUCUGCCCCCUGUGUGUUUGAUGAUGAACCAACCUUCUCUCCCUUUGCAGAGGCUGUGUCAGGGUCUGCUGACUGUGCUGGGGAGGCAGGUUGGGUCCUGCUGCCAGAGCACCUGCCUGGAGACCCUUCGCAUCCUGUCCCGGGACAAGCGGGUCCUGGGCCCUGUGGGCACCCGGGAGGGCAUGCUGGUCCUGGCCGAGCUGGCUCGGCUGCAAGGGGGAGAGGAGGGGGGUGACAGCAUGCAGGAGGAGGCCCAGACAGAGGAGGAAGAGAGGGUGGUGGUGGAGGCCCUUAAGUGCCUGUGUAACGUGGUGUUUAACAGCGCGGCGGCACAGCAGGUGGGCGCCGACGUGCAGCUGGCGCGGGGUCUGUGUGCCCGCCUGCACGCCGCCCGUGCCGGGCACCACGAGGUGGGCCUGUUCUCCCUGCGCCUGCUCUUCCUGCUCUCGGCACUGCGGCCAGACGUCCGGGGGGGCCUCCAGAGGGAGCUGCAUGCCGUGGGGCUCCUCACAGAGGUGCUGGAGCGUACCCUGGACGUACGCUGGGUGGGCCCCUACGAGGCGGCCCCUCCAGGCCCCCAGGCCUUGCCUAUCCCUGCUGAAGACAACGAGAGGGCCAUGGAGGCCCUGAAAGCCUUGUUCAACCUCACACUGUCUGACACCAGCGAUGAGGUGAGUUACACCCACUGUCUGUUACAGAAUGUUUUCCUUUUUAAAGAGGAUAUGUACACUGUACUUGUAAUAUGGCAUUCACAUGGUCCUGUAUGGCUCAGUUGGUAGAGCAUGGCGCUUGCACCGCCAGGGUUGUGGGUUCGAUUCCCAGGGCCACCCAUACAUAAAGCUAUGCACACAUGACACUUUGGAUAAAAGUGUCUGCUAAAUGGCUAUUAUUAUUAUUAUAUUAUUCAGAGCUCACAGAAGGCUAGACACUGCAGUCAUGAGCACAGUGCAUGUGUUUAGAGUUACUGCAUGAACAUAAAUGCUUUGCAUCUCACUGGCUGUGGAUGGACACAUCUCCUUGCAUAUUUAGUAUUUAGAAUUCAGCAUUGAAGCCACCAAACUUUGCAUGCUUUGGUUGAAGGCUGUUAUUUAAAGAUAGAGUAACAGCAAGACACUUGGCUUUAUUGAGUGACAUCCCUUAAUAGAAAGCCCUAACUAAGCCUGCACAGCAAUAAGAGGUUUAUCAGCUAUCUGACCUCGUUUAAGCCCCUUUGGCACCUUUACAGCUUUCUUGAUUAGCCAGGGGGAGUUUGUGAAAUAAUCGUAUGUCACUCACCCCCCUCAAUGCUCGCUCAGCCUAUAGUGUCACAGCAUCACAUCAUGAAGCAGAGGGGCACAUCCCGCUGCUAAAUCGUAGAUAUGAAUCUGUCGGAUCCGUUACUGAAUGUCUGUCUGUGAUAAUUUGACAUGCAAAAAGUGUCAUUGAUAUUUAUACAUUUGCGAAGCGUUCUCUAAUUCAGGCUGGUCAGGAGAGCUGCCUGCUUUAACUGCUGGCUCGUAUUGUGCCUCAAAGUGCUAUUGGUCCAAAUAUGUUUUUCUCCAUGUUGGUUGUGAGAUUGUGGAUUUUCAUGAUCGGGGCUGAUCACCCUUGCCUCUCACCAUUGUAGCUGACAUCUUGUUGAGUCCCUCCCAUCCCAGCGUUGACAGAGAGGAAAAGGCGAAGCUAGAGGGAAAACUGGGACCAAAAUCUGUGUUCUGCAGCAGGUGGCGUUUUUUUUUUUUCUCAACAAGCGAGUUUUUGUAUGGAGGUAAAUGUGUCGAAUUUGAUUAACAAAAAAAUUUAUGGCUUAUUUGCUACGUGUGACUUAUUAAUCGAAUAUACGUUUUGUAAUGCUUAGGUUGUUACGAGUGUACUGAUAUAAGUAGGAACAUGUGACAUCCCAGCAACAUUGAGAAAAAACACUAUUGGAUUUGUGCCUGUUGUUCACAGGCGUAUCUGCCCUCUCAUUGGCUAGAAUGGUCCCACCUGGUCUUGCCUCCUCCCAACUACCUUCCAUUUAUUUUCAUUGUCAGAGCGGCCACUUGAGUAUCUGGUCAAUAUAAUUAAUAAUCUGUGGCGUUGGUCAGAAAAGCCCUGUGUUCAUCUCAUGAGUCAAUCCCACAUGGUCAUUUGCAUGGAAUGGAAAGCCUGUGUGCUCAGUGACUCGCAGCUCUUAGGUCUGACUACCAGGUUUUGGAAAUCCGAAAUCCGGAAAUCCUUAAUUCCUCUCAUCUUUCCACAAUCUCCAUAGUUACAGUCCCUCCCUUUCUCUCGCUCUCUCUGUUCAUGCCUUUAUUUUUUUUACAUUUUACCCCAGCAUUGGAAUUAUAAAUGUUAUCUAAAUGAUAGGGGUUAUGAGCUGUCGUCCUAUGUUUUCUUUUUGACAUGACUGCCUCCCCUUUCCGCUUCUUCCACAGCUAAUUAUAUCCUGCUUACCCCUACCUGCUCAGUUCCUCCCCUCCUUUUGUUUGAACCAAUGAAAUGCUUCCUUAAGGAUCACGCUGUUGUACAUCCUUCAUUUGAUAGGAUGGUGACCACCAGCUCCGCCUCAUCACCGCCAUCAUGCGCCAUCAAUUGAUGCUAAAGACUCAGACAGAGGACAAAACAGAGGAAGCACACAGGUUGGCAACCCUUCUCCUCGCUGCUCUCCACAUAACAGGGAAAAACUGCAUCCUUAAAGUACACAUUCAUCAUUUGGUUUGUGCAAAUUAAUCACCAUCCAAUGAUUACUCUCUGUAGUCAACAGUGACAGCAUCCAGUUUAUGAGAAAGUUAAAACUUUAAGCCAAGACUGUUUUUAGAAGUCAUUUGGCAGUAUGUAUUUUCCGGACAUCUCGUUGAUGGGAAUUAACAACAACGUUGUUUUUAGAAGGACAUGAGGGAAUGUAAAGAAUGUUUGGCUAGAUGGUGGCACUGAAGGAGUGUCAUGUAAAAGUGAUUGAUAAUACUCCCUGUGGUCCUAUGGAUUAUGUUGUUGUGUCCCUCUGAUCACAGGGGUUUAGCCCAUUGUCCAGACUCCAAAGUAGACCUUUAGUCCUUGUCUGUUUAGACUUAUUGAAUGCCCUGUGGUCUUGACACAAACACAACAACUAUAAGAAGGUAUAACUACCCAACGUGUCUUCAUGCUAGACGGAAAUGCUUGUAACAAACAAGUAGUCUUCAAAAAGUUUAAUGAUCGGUAGAAAACAAUGACAUGCAUGUAGCCUAUUCUUAAGAACGAAACCACAUGUAUCAUUUGUUAAUCCUUCCUACAUGCUAUAACCAAUGACUUAACCACUGUCCUUCCUCCUCCUCCUUUUUCCUCAUGUCUUCCUUCUUCUCCUCCAGCCACGCCGUCAACCUGCUGAGUAACCUGCCAGUGUCAUGUCUGGAUGUGCUGAUUGACAUGCCGGUCCAGGGGGGCCAGGAGGAGUACAGCGGGAAGAACAUGGACGCUGUGCAGGUGCUACUGGACUUCAUGGAGAAGAGGAUAGACAAGGUAAGAACGGGUGAACCAGUGACAUUGGGGCGAAUCCUUCCACUUAAGUCAAAUGUUCACUUAAAGUCACUUACAUUUUCACUGAGGCGGCAGGUAGCCUAGCGGUUAAGUGCAUUGGGCCAGUAACCGAAAGUUCGCUGGUUUCGAAUCCCCGAGCUGACGAGGAACAAAUCUGUCAAUGUGCCCUUGUGCAAGGCACUUAACCAAAAUUGCUCCUGUAAGUCGCUCUGGAAAAUAGCGUCUGCUAAAUGACCAAAAUGUAAAUGUCUCUCACUGACAUUAAUGGACGUGUAAUUGAAAAUUUGACUUCAGUGGAAGUUUGGAUUCGCCCCAUUUUGUGUGUGUGCGAUAUCGGACUGCACAGAAUCACUUAUCUACAAACCAAGCCUUGCUGAUUCUGCUCCUUUCUUCAAACUGAUUGCCUCAUCUUGGUGGCUGCCACCACAAGACUUUUGCAGUCUACUGAACAAGCCAAUGAAAUGAUGCGGAAAUCCUGGCCAUCCUAUUAGAAGCUGUCCACACAACAUAGAAAGUGAAUUAGUAAUAUGAAAAAAAACAAAAAACAUGUAUGCACUCACUAACUGUAAGUCGCUCUGGAUAAGAACGUCUGCUAAAUGACUAAAAUGUAAAUGUAAUAAAUUCCUGAAUAGUUAUAUUACUAAUGGUCCACACACCAACUGCUACAGCGUCACUUGCCUCAUGUGUGUCUCAUUCCAAGCAGGGUGCCAACUACAAAGAGGGGCUGACCCCAGUGCUCAGCCUGCUGACCGAGGGCUCCAGGUACCACAGGGAGAUCCGCAGAUACAUCAAGACACAGGUAGGGCACUGGAGCUAGCGGGGCCUUGAGCUUGAACACACACUUUAUGGGCAUGUUCUAAUCUAUCCUAUCCUUAUACAUAAAAAGUGAUGCAAAAUUAAGAUCUUCAAAACUAGUGAAACUACUUCUUCAGUGUGAAAUGCAUAUGAAAUGCAUAUAUACUGAACAAAAAUAUAAACGCAACAUGUAAAGUGUUGGUCCCAUGUUUCAUGAGCUGAAAUAAAAGAUCCCAGAAAUGUUCCAUACACACAAAAAGCUUAUUUCUCUCAGAUGUUUUGCACAAAUAUGUUUACAUCCCUGUUAGUGAGCAUUUCUCCUAUGCCAAGAUAAUCCAUCCACCUGACAGGUGUGGCAUAUCAAGAAGCUGAUUAAACAGCAUGAUCAUUACACAGGUGCACCUUGUGCUAGGGACAAUAAAAGGCCACUCUAAAAUGUGUAGUUUUGUCACACAACACAAUGCCACAGAUGUCUCAAGUUGAGGGAGCGUGCAAUUGGCAUGGUGACUGCAGGAAUGUCCACCAGAGCUGUUGCCAGAUAAUGUAAUGUUCAUUUCUCUACCAUAAGCCACCUCCAACGUUGUUUUAGAGAAUUUGGCAGUACGUCCAACCGGCCUCACAACCGCAGACCACAUGUAACCACUCCAGGCCAGAACCUCCACAUCCGGCUUCUUCACCUGCGGGAUCGUCUGAGACCAGCCACCCAGACAGCUGAUGAAACUGUGGGUUUGCACAACCGAAGAAUUUCUGCACAAACUGUCAGAAACUGUCUCAGGGAAGCUGCGUGCUCGUCGUCCUCACCAGGGUCUUGACCUAACUGCAGUUUGGCGUCAUAACCGACUUCAGUGCGCAAAUGCUCACCUUCGAUGGCCACUGGCAUGCUGGAGAAUUGUGCACUUCAUGGAUGAAUCCCAGUUUCAACUGUACCGGGCAGAUGGCAGACAGUGUGUAUGGUGUUGUGUGGGACAGCGGUUUGCUGAUGUCAAUGUUGUGAACAGAGUGCUCCAUGGUGGUGGUGCGGUUAUGGUAUGGGCAGGCAAAAGCUACGGACAACAAACACAAUUGCAUUUUAUCGAUGGCAAUUUCAAUGAACAGCGAUACAAGAUCUUGAGGCCCAUUGUUGUGCCAUUCAUCCACCGCCAUCACCUCAUACAGUAUUUCAGCAUGAUAAUGCAUAGCCCCAUGUCGUAAGGAUCUGUACACAAUUCCUGGAAGCUGAAAAUGUCCCAGUUAUUCCAUGGCCUGCAUACUCAUCAGACAUGUCACCCAUUGAGCAUGUUUGGGAUGCUCUGGAACGACGUGUAUGACAUCGUGUUCCAGUUCCCGCCAAUAUCCAGCAAUUUUGCACAGCCAUUGAAGAGAAAUGUGACGACAUUCCACAGGCCACAAUCAACAGCCUGAUCAACUCUAUGCGAAGGAAAUGUGUUGCGCUUCAUGAGGCAAAUGGUGGUCACGCCAGAUACUGACUGGUUUUCUGAUCCACGUCCCUACCUUUAAAAAAAAAAAGCUAGCUAUGACCAACAGAUGCAUAUCUGUAUUCCCAGUCAUGUGAAAUCCAUAGAUUAGGGCCUAAUUAAUUUAUUUCAAUUAACUGAUUUCCUUAAAUGAACUGUAACUCAGCAAAUUCGUAGAAAUUGUUGCAUAAUGCGUUUAUAUAUUUUUUCAAGUGUAUUUAGAUCACAUAUCUUACAACAUAACUUCUAUCUGUCCAGAUUACAUUUCUUCUAUCAUAUCCUCCAGCAGUGGCAGAUGGGUCAUUCGCUGGCCUGAUCACUCAGUUCACUAGUCUAGUGUACUACAGUGUUAGUUUUCAUUGAGGCUCUGCCCUUGUUGGCUGUGUGUGUCUCCAGGUGCUGCCCCCGCUGAAGGAGGUCAAGGUCCGGCCGGAGAUAGGGUCCACCGUUAGGAACAAACUGGUGCGCCUCAUGACCCACGUGGACAUGGGCGUGAAGCAAAGCGCCGCAGAGUUCCUCUUCGUCCUCUGCAAAGAGAGUGGUGAGAGAGCGAGAUGGAGCAGGCUGUAUGAUAGGGAUGUGCACUGUUAUUCAAAUAUCUGAACGGUUAGUAUUCGAAUACUUGUUUGAGUAUUCAUUUUUGCAGAAUGAUUGGCCUAUUUUUAACACUGAAAAGGCUUUUCUAAAUUAAAAUAUUCAUGUGACAUUGUUACAUACAAGGAUAUACAAUGACUUUUGAAAUUAUAAUUUAAGAAAACGACAGACUUUUCAAUGUAGUUUUUAUGACGUGCGCACCGUAAAUGUGUAGCUUGUUGUAUAUGUUGGGCCAAUCAAAGUGGCAAAGAGGCUCAAUGUGUAGCAAGUGGAGUGACAGUUCACUUAAUGCAAUGCAAGAGGGAAUAAAAUAACGGAAUUAAAAGUUAGCGAAAAUGAGAAGGAGUAGGCUACAACAAGCAACCAACAAUUUGGCUGUUGUUUUAACUGAAUGGGGGUGGGAAGAAAGCGCAGCAUGUGGCCUCAAUUAUCCUAGCUAGCUAGCUUCUCUAGGCUACUCCAGUCAAGACAGGCACUGUUAUAGGGUAUAAUAAAUAACAUGUGGCUGCUACAAGUUAGCUAGUCUUGGCUGUAGCCGAGUUGUCUUGGGUACUGGUCGUCACAGCUUCAAUAGCCACAGUCAUAAACCCCGCCCAUUUCCGAAAAUUAUCUUCUUCACCCCCUAAGGUCGAUGUCCGCGCCCCGUGUAAAUAGAAUUAGCAUAAUAAUAAAAAUCCCCAUACAAAUCUGUCAGUUUAAGCUAGAGAUAUGUUUUUUUGCAGCGCAUCCGCCUAUGUCGCACUUCCACAUCUGCAGUGAAAUGUAGAGCUAGAGCUAGAGCUGUGUUUGUCAGACCGUGAGACAUCUCACAAAAUUGUCUGUAGGGUCCGAACGGUUUGGCCUACAAAACUAUUAUGACCCCUCUAUGGAAAGGUGAGACAACACGUACAUGUCGGUUGUUAUGCUCUAGGACGCCUACAGGCCUCACAAGACUCGUCUGAAGGUCCCCUGGUACCAGUUGAAAAAAUUAAUGGAAGUAUAUAUGGAGAUUGUUUAGUGCCAAUAAUAAGGGGUUAAAUACAUGUAAAGAAAUAAUAAUAACUAAUGUUUCCUAAUCUUUCUUAUAUCUCUCAGAUAUACAGUGCAUUGCGGGAAGUAUUCAGACCCCUUGACUUUUUCCACAUUUUGUUACAUUACAGCCUUAAUCAAAAAAUAAAUAAUGUUUUAUCCCCUCAAUCUACACACAAUAUCCUAUAAUGACAAAGCAAAAACAGGUUUUUAGAAAUGAUUGCAAAUGUAUUAAAAAGAAAAAAUGGAAAUAUCACAUUUACAUAAGUAUUCAGACCAUUUACUCAGUACUUUGUUGAAGCACCUUUGGCAGCGAUUACAGCCUUGAGUCUUCCUGGGUAUGACGCUACAAGCUUGGCACACCUGUAUUUGGGGAGUUUCUCCCAUUCUUCUCUGCAGAUCCUCUCAAGCUCUGUCAGGUUGGAUGGGGAGCGUUGCUGCACACCUAUUUUCAGGUCUCUCCAGAGAUGUUCAAUCGGAUUCAAGUCCGGGCUCUGGCAGGGCCACACAAGGACAUUCAGAGACUUGUCCCGAAGCCACUCCUGCGUUGUCUUGGCUGUGUGCUUAGGGUUGUUGUCCUGUUGGAAGGUGACCCUUCGCCCCAGUCUGAGAUCCUGAGCGGUCUGGAGCAGGUUUUCAUCAAGGAUCUCUCUGUACUUUGCUCUGUUCAUCUUUUUUCGAUCCUGACUAGUCUCCCAGUCCCUGCCACUGAAAAACAUCCCCACAGCAUGAUGCUGCCACCACCAUGCUUCACCGUAGCGAUGGUGCCAGGUUUCCUCCAGACGUGACGCUUGGCAUUCAGGCCAAAGAGUUCAAUCUUGGUUUCAUCAGACCAGAGAAUCUUGUUUCUCAUGGUCUGAAAGUCCUUUAGGUGCUUUUUGGCAAACUCCAAGUGGGCUGUCAUGUGCCAAUACUGAGGAGUGGCUUCCGUCUGGCCACUCUACCAUAAAGGCCUGAUUGGUGUGGUGCUGCAGAGAUGGUUGUCCUUCUGGAAGGUUCUCCCAUCUCCACAGAGGAACUCUGAAGCUCUGUCAGAGUAACCAUCGGGUUCUUGGUGACCUCCCUGACCAAGGCCCUUCUCCCGAUUGUUCAGUUUGGCCGGGCGGCCAGCUCUAGGAAGAGUCUUGGUGGUUCCAAACUUAUUCCAUUUAAGAAUGAUGGAGGCCACUGUGUUCUUGGGGACCUUCAAUGCUGCAGAAAUGUUUUUGUACUCUUCCCCAGAUCUGUGCCUCGACACAAUCCUGUCUCUCAACUGUGGGACCUUAUUUAGACAGGUGUGUACCUUUCCAAAUCAUGUCCAAUCAAUUGAAUUUACCACAUGUGGACUCCAAUCAAGUUGUAGAAACAUCUCAAGGAUGAUCAAUUGAAACAGGAUGCACCUGAGCUUAAUUUCAAGUGUCAUAGCAAAGGGUCUGAAUACUUAUGUAAAUACGGUAUUUUUUUUAAAUAUUAUUUUUUAUCGGCCAAAAAAAAAAACUGUUUUCGCUUUGUCAUUAUGGGGUAUUGUGUGUAGAUUGAUGAGGGAAAAAAAUAAUUUAAUCAAUUUUAGAAUAAGGCUGUAAGGUAACAAAAUGUGGAAAAAGUCAAGGGGUCUGAAUACUUUCCGAAUGCACUGUAGGACAGACACUUCAAAACAAACUUCCUUUUGAUUUUUUUGUGUGGGACUAUCUGUUGUUCCAUGUAGUGAAUGUUAUUCAAUGUGUUUUGAUGGGCUAAUAGCAGUAAGGCCAAAUACAAUGUAUAAAAAAAUAUCUAUAUAUAUUUUUUUUGAUACUUCAAGGGGUCUUAAAAUUCUAAAUCAAAUAGCAAAAUUAUCCUUGGUAUGACUGUUUUAAAACUAUUCCAUAUAGCUUAAUAGAACCCUCCACCCCCCGGCUUAGACAGGGCUUAAACUCUUAUGGGUUAAAAUGAAAGAUGCACUAUGCAAAAAUGUCAGUUUAUGUGACAAAACAAGCAAGUAUAGUGUAGAGCAGUGUUUCCCAAAUUCGGUCAUGGGGACCACAAGGGGUGCACGUUUUGGUUUUUGCCCUAGCACUAGACAGCUGAUUAAAGUAUGAAAAACUUGAUGAUUAUUUGAUUAUUAUCCCCAUGUAGCUCAGUUGGUAGAGCAUGGCGCUUGCAACGCCAGGGUUGUGGGUUCGAUUUCCACGGGGGGCCAGUAUGAUUUAAAUAAAAAAAUAAAUAAAAAAUUAUGCUCUGGAUAAGAGCGUCUGCUAAAUGACUAAAAUGUAAAAAUGUAAAAUUUGAAUCAGCUGAGUAGUGCUAGGACAAGAACCAAAACGUGCAUCCGUUGGGGUCCCGAGGACCGAGUUUGGGAAACACUGGUGUAGAGAAUCAUUGUACCAUCUAAACCUCUGUGAAGUAUAUGUUCCAUAACCAAAAAUAUUGUAUUUUCAGCUGUUUGAAGCUGGUGUACAAAACCGAAAGUAAAAGAUGCAAAAACGAAAUUUAAGAACGGAGGGCAAAGAAAUAGCGCACAUAGAACAGAUCUACCGCUUCUUAGACUUGCUGACAGAUCGAUAACACACAUUUGUAUGUGAAUUUGGUUGGGUCACCCAAAAAGUUAUAUAUUGCAGCUUUAAAUUUGAACCCUAACCACACUGCUAACCUGAUAUCUAACCCUAACCUUAAAUUAAGACCAAAAAGCUCAAAUAUUUAGCCAAUUUUGACUUUGUGGCUAUAGAAGCGAGUGGAAACCUUGUGUACUGCGUCUCUCUCUCUUCCUCCGUCUGCUCCCUCCCAUCUCACCGGCCCCUCCGCUGCUGCAGCAAUUGAGCUCCAGCGCCUCUCCCUCGCUCAGCAGUGUUCAGGUUAAAAUCUUAAAACACCACGUAUUUCGGAUAUCCAACAAAAAUUCAUGAUACUAUUCGAAUAGUGAAAUGAUUUCAAACCCCCAUCCCUACAUACAGUACAGUUGUCCAUCAUGUUGUACUGAUUUCUCCCCCUCUAAUCUUCCAGUGGACCACCUGUUGAAGUACACUGGGUACGGUAACGCAGCAGGACUCCUGGUGGCUCGAGGCCUGCUGGCAGGGGGGAGAGGAGAGACUCUGUACUCAGACGACGAAGACUCUGACACCGAAGAGUACAAAUCGGCUAAACCUUUGUGAGUAGGCAGGAGCUUUGAAUACAGGACCAUAGACACACAUGCCUUGCUUUGAAUUACUAAAUGUAUGGAUUGAAUGUUGGGUUGGCUUUAGGGUGUGUCAUGGGAGUGCCCACAACAUUUAUUUAACUACAACAGAAUCCAUUGGGCCAAGGGGUGCUCUCUAGUGGCCAGGGCUGUUCAAUGUCGGUCCUGGAGGGCCAAAACACUUCGGUUUUUUUAUCCUCUCCUUCUUCUAUCCUUCUAUAGACCUGGGACACCAGGUGAGUGCAAUUACAGUGAGGGAAAAAAGUAUUUGAUCCCCUGCUGAUUUUGUACGUUUGCCCACUGACAAAGAAAUGAUCAGUCUAUAAUUUUAAUGGUAGGUUUAUUUCAACAGUGAGAGACAGAAUAACAACAACAAAAUCCAGAAAAACACAUGUCAAAAAUGGUAUAAAUUGAUUUGCAUUUUAAUGAGGGAAAUAAGUAUUUGACCCCCUCUCAAUCAGAAAUAUUUCUGGCUCCCAUGUGUCUUUUAUACAGGUAACGAGCUAAGAUUAGGAGCACACUCUUAAAGGGAGUGCUCCUAAUCUCAGCUUGUUACCUGUAUAAAAGACACCUGUCCACAGAAGCAAUCAAUCAAUCAGAUUCCAAACUCUCCACCAUUGCCAAGACCAAAGAGCUCUCCAAGGAUGUCAGGGACAAUAUUGUAGACCUACACAAGGCUGGAAUGGGCUACAAGACCAUCGCCAAGCAGCUUGGUGAGAAGGUGACAACAGUUGGUGCGAUUAUUCGCAAAUGGAAGAAACACAAAAGACCUGUCAAUCUCCUUUGGCCUGGGGCUCCAUGCAAGAUCUCACCUCGUGGAGUUGCAAUGAUCAUGAGAACGGUGAGGAAUCAGCCCAGAACUACACGGGAGGAUAUUGUCAAUGAUCUCAAGGCAGCUGGGACCAUAGUCACCAAGAAAACAAUUGGUAACACACUACGCCGUGAAGGACUGAAAUCCUGCAGCGCCCGCAAGGUUCCCUUGCUCAAGAAAGCACAUAUACAUGCCCGUCUGAAGUUUGCCAAUGAACAUCUAAAUGAUUCAGAGGAGAACUGGGUGAAAGUGUUGUGGUCAGAUGAGACCAAAAUCGAGCUCAUUGGCAUCAACUCAACUCACCGUGUUUGGAGGAGGAGGAAUGCUGCCUAUGACCCCCAAGAACACCAUCCUCACCGUCAAACAUGGAGGUGGAAACGUAAUGCUUUGGGGGUGUUUUUCUGCUAAGGGGACAGGACAACUUCACCGCAUCAAAGGGACGAUGGACGGGGCCAUGUACUGUCAAAUCUUGGGUGAGAACCUCCUUCCCUCAGCCAGGGCAUUGGAAAUGGGUCGUGGAUGGGUAUUCCAGCAUGACAAUGACCCAAAACAUACGGCCAAGGCAACAAAGGAGUGGCUCAAGAAGAAGCACAUUAAGGUCCUGGAGUGGCGUAGCCAGUCUCCAGACCUUAAUCCCAUAGAAAAUCUGUGGAGGGAGCUGAAGGUUCGAGUUGCCAAACGUCAGCCUCGAAACCUUAAUGACUUGGAGAAGAUCUGCAAAGAGGAGUGGGACAAAAACCCUCCUGAGAUGUGUGCAAACCUGGUGGCCAACUACAAGAAACAUCUGACCUCUGUGAUUGCCAACAAGGGUUUUGCCACCAAGUACUAAGUCAUGUUUUGCAGAGGGGUCAAAUACGUAUUUCCCUCAUUAAAAUGCAAAUCAAUUUAUAACAUUUUUGACAUGCGUUUUUCUGGAUUUAUUUGUUGUUAUUCUGUCUCUCACUGUUCAAAUAAACCUACCAUUCAAAUUAUAGACUGAUCAUGUCUUUGUCAGUGGGCAAACAUACAAAAUCAGCAGGGGAUCAAAUACUUUUUUCCCUCACUGUAUCUACCAGGUAGAAACAAAAACCAGAAGUGUUUCGGCCCUCCAGCACUGGAAUUGAACAGCCCUGCGUCUUGCCAAACAUUCAGGACAGCCAAGCAUUGGAUCAUUAUCACAAUCAUUAUUAAGUCUUCUCUCUCUCCUUUCUGUUGCCUAUCUCUGUCUGUCUCAGCAUCAACCCCAUCACGGGUCACGUGGAGGAGCCCAUGCCUAACCCCAUAGAAGACAUGACUGAGGAGCAGAAAGAGUACGAGGCCCAGAAACUGGUCAACAUGUUCGACAAGUUGUCAAGGUAA